GGAAAACACAAUAACUGAACAGUCGUCUCACUGACUUUGGAUUCAGUCAUGAUGCUAACUGGUUUCCUCUUUCUGCUCUUCCUCACAGAUGGGGUGUACUCUGAGCGUCACUGCAGUUAUCAGGAUGUUUUAAAUCACCUGAACCUGACACAAAACAAGGAGUUGUAUUCAAUGACCCGCCCCGUUAAAAACUACAAGCGCCCCACAUUGGUGUACCUUGAAGUUCUGCUAUACGCCAUUCUGGAUGUGGUUGAAAAAGAACAGAAAUUCAUCCCUUAUGUUUGGACUGUCAUGAGGUGGCACAAUGAAUACAUAUCCUGGGAUCCAAAUCAGUUUUGUGGAAUCGAUAAUGUUUCUCUUCCUACUGAAUAUCUGUGGAAGCCGGAUCUCACUAUUGAAGAAAUGACAGAGAAGGACAAAGCCCCUCCGAGUCCUUAUCUCAGCAUCAAUGAUAAAGGCGAUGUUGAAGUCCAGAACGACCAGGUGCUGGUCAGCACCUGCAGGAUGCACAUUUACAACUUCCCCUUUGACAUACAGAGCUGCAACCUCUCCUUCAAGUCUGUCAUACACACUGCAAGAGACAUUCGGCUCCAGCCCAGUGACAACUCUUCGGAGGCCACAGAGUGGUCUCGUGAGGUGAUGCGGACCCAGUACGAAUGGCUGUUCAUCAACAUGACAGUUACCGCCAACAACGCCAGUGAUAUGUUCGGCCAAGACAUUGUUAUUUACACCAUCACCAUGAAGAGGCGGUCUAUCCUCUAUAUUGUCAACUUCUUGGUUCCCGUCCUUUUCUUCUUGUGUCUGGACUUGGCCUCCUUUCUGAUCUCAGACAGCGGGGGUGAGAAGCUCAGCUUCAAGGUCACUGUGCUGCUUGCUGUCACAGUGUUACAACUUAUUCUGAAUGAAAUUCUGCCUGCCACUUCAAACAGAAUUCCUCUCAUAGCGGUCUACUGCAUUGGGAUUUUUGCUCUGAUGCUGCUGAGCCUCCUGGAGACAAUAUUGGUGAUGCAUCUGAUAGAGAAAGACUCCCAAGCAGCCAAAGAAAACGCGGCAGAUAGCGGCCGAAGCCGGAGUGAGGGCUGUGACGAACAGGACAAGGCCAAUUUCCCAAACUCUCACAGAGAGGCGCACGAAUGGACUCAAUGUGCCUGUAUCUAUGAAGGCACUGCUGGUGAAACUCUAUCUGAACUGCAGCCUGUGGCCAAAGAGGGAAAUAGCAGCAAACUGAUAGAAGAGUACCAUGCCUUGGAGAAGCUCUCAGAUGAGCUGAGAGAGAUGGAGAAAACACUGUCACUGCUCCUCAACAACAGGAAGGAAGAGGAGAAGCCCGGCUACUGGACCAGAGUGGCUAAAAAAUCUAUCUGA